AUGAAUGCAAUUCAGAAAUCGAACUUAAAACGAAUUGGAGAUAUUAUAUUGACAGAUGAAAAUGAAAUUGAUGAUAAUAUUAGCGCUGGUCAAAACUCUGAUUCGGAUAGUGAAUAUGAUCCUGAUGCUAUUGAAUCAGAUGAUACGUCCGCCAAUGAGCAUAUAUCAGAAGAAUCUGAUUCAUCAUGUUCUGAUAUUGAUCAAGAUGAUAUUGGCUGA